AUGACAUCAAAGAUUCAACCUUGCGAUGUUGGGAUAAUAAGAGCUUUCAAGAUGAAUUACCGUAGAAGGUUUUACCGCAAAAUAUUGAAAGGUUAUGAGGUGGGAAAAUCUGAUCCAGGGAAGAUAAAUAUCCUUGAUGCUAUCAAUUUGGAAAUCCUAGCUUGGACAAUAGAUUUUCGAAAAGAAACAAUAGCGAAUUGCUUCCGACACUGUAAAAUUCGUUCAACUAGUGAUGUUGUAAGAAAUUUGGAUGAAUCCACUUUUGAUGAAGAAGCUCAAGACCUCGAGACUAUGAUCAAGCAAUCUGGCUAUCAUAGUAAGAUGGAUAUCGACAAUCUAAUGAACUACCCAGGUGAAAGUGAAGCAUGUUCUUAG